GCGUCCGUUCAAGCCGUGUUCAGUGACGCACCCAGCGCUUUGCCGAGCAGGACGGACAUUUUCUGUCUUCGAGUUCACGGCAGAAUUCCGGACGAAACGCGGGCGAUACAGGCUGAAGGUCGGGUUUAUAGAGAAGAGGAGAGCAAUGGUCGCCGUGUAAAUGGACUGUGUUAAAGUUUAGACCUGUUCCUGCGAGAAUCGAGCGAAACCCGGCUCAGCUCCCCGACUCAAAGAUGUCGGACGACGCUGCGAGGGAGGACGCCUGUCGGGAGUACCAGUCCUCUCUGGAAGAUCUCACUUUCAACAGCAAACCGCACAUCAACAUGCUGACCAUCCUCGCCGAGGAGAACCUACAGUUCACCAAGGAUAUCGUCGCAAUAAUUGAAGCUCAGAUUACCAAGGCACCGACUGCUGAGAAGCUUCCCGUUUUGUACUUAGUGGAUUCCAUAGUGAAGAAUGUUGGCGGACAGUACCUUGAAGUGUUUGCUAAAAACCUUGUCACUUCCUUUAUAUGUGUGUUUGAAAAGGUGGAUGAAAACACUAGAAAAAGUCUCUUCAAAUUGCGUUCCACCUGGGAUGAUAUUUUCACCUUGAAGAAGCUGUAUGCAUUAGACGUUCGUGUAAAUUCUAUUGAUCCUGCUUGGCCAAUUAAGCCAUUGCCACCAAAUGUGAAUGCCAGCAUCCAUGUAAAUCCCAAAUUUCUGAAGCCGACUGAGGAAACAAAACCUGUGAGGGUCGCUGCACCUCAGCCUCAAGUUCAGGCCACAGUGAGUGAGAAGAACUUAACAAAGGAACAAGUAAUAAGACAACAGUUGCUUGCUAAGCAAAAGCAAUUACUAGAACUUCAACAGAAGAAGAUAGAACUGGAGCUUGAACAAACAAAAGCCCAACUGGCUGCUAGUACACCUCAUCCUCCUGCCAGUGCUCAAGUCCAAUUUGAUGCCGCUCCAGUUGUCAGUCAGCCACCUCAUGCAUCACACACCAAAUCCUGGCCUUCAGCACCGGCAGAGAAGGUCUCAACCAGAGAUCCUAGACUGAACAGAGCUGCUACAUCAUCACAAAAUACAAAGGAUCAAGUGACUUACAAGAAGGAAAGUCAACUUACAGCUACUGUGAACGUACUUGAAAAGAAACCUGUGGCCACAGAACGACCAAGUAAGCUGAUGAGAAUACCGAAGAAAGACACUUCUGGGACCGAGGAUAAAGCUAAAUCUAAAUCCGCAUCUCCGUCAAGCAAAACUGUCCUUAAUAAAAGUAAAGACUUUGAACUUGAACAUGUGAAGACGUCUGAUUUGAAUAAAAAAGACCCAAGGUUGCGGAAGCAGAUGCACGAAAAGAUAGACCAAAAGGAGGAUGACGUCAAGGAAAAGAAAAGAUCAGAGAAAAAAGAUCGGGAAGAGCCUGUCAAAAGCACUGAACUGCAGAGAUCCACUAAUUCCAGAGGAAAACUUGUGAAUGGCUCCCUGAAUAAGCAUGAAAGGCUCGAGACUUUUCAGAAACAGGACAUUAAAGUGAGUAAAGCCAAUAUCAGGAGAAGGUCUCGGUCUAGAUCACGAUCACCGAUUUCUCCCAAAAGAAAAGAUAGAAGAUCUCCAAAGCGAAGACCAAGGAGCAUCACCCCACCUUCGAAAUUGGGAAAGGGUAGACAAUUGAAUAAACACCCACACAAUGAAGACUCUGUCCAGCAAGCAAACGUGAGAGAGGAUAGUAGAAUACCGAAGAAGAGUGUUUCAGAACAAAGGCGGUUAAAAAGGCCACUAGAUGAUAGAGUUAAUGAGCACCGAGAUUCCCAGGCACAAAGAAUUUCACCUGCUGAGCAUAAAGGCCCAAAAGAUGCGAAACGAUGGAGAAGUGGAUGGGAAGAAAAUAAACCUCUAAAGCCACUUGAGCCAGAAACCCCACAUGGUAAACCAGGACCUCAGAGGCAUAAAACCUGGAGCAGUAAUCAAAGGCCUUCAACACCACGUACACCAAAACAGCACCGGUUAAGUGUUGAUGCCAACUUGCAAAUACCAGAAGUGCUCAAUUCUGCCAACAAGAGAGACCUUUUACGGAAGGCUAGCCAAAGAUUGGAUGAUGGUGAGCUCUCCCAUGAGGAGUUUCUCAAUGUGGCCCAUCAAAUCAAGCAGUUAUUCCAGUAUCGAGAAGAAAAACAGCGUUCAGAUUCUUGGGAGGGAUCCAGCGAUGAUGGUACAUACUCAUCAAAAAAGAAAGCCCCAUAUGGACAGAUGUCUGAUGCUGAGCUUUCUUACUUGGAGCACAAGUCUAAAUUGAAAAAGACACAACUGCACCGUCCAGUUCACCACAGUUCGCCUCUGAACGAGAACUUGCUUCAUCACAGACCUCAGCAUGAGGAAGAAGAUCUAUUUGGCGAAAGCUCAGAUGCACACAAAAGAGGCAGUGAUGCCCAAAAACACUUCUCAGGGCACGAUGAUCCUAGAAGGAACGACGGACCGCCAACUCGAACAGGACCUCAUACCAGAACCUCCCCAUGUCCUGUAAACAGUGUUGGGAUUUCUGGGAAGUCUUCAUCUGCACCAUUUGAGCCAUUGUCGUCAUCACCCAUGGAAAUGGACCAGUUUGAUGAUGGAGAGAUCAGUCCCAGGUUUGAAAGUCCUAACAGUGUUCACUCUGGCACAGGACUGGACAGUGAUGGAACACUAACUUUAGAAACUCCUUUAAGGCAUGAAAUAAGCGCAGGACCAGGAAGAAGUGGGGGAAACCUUGUUGAAUCUCCUGGGCAAACGCCGCCUCACUCAUCAGAAGUACCCAACACUCAGGUGAAUGUUCCAAGGCAUGAUGGAAUUAAUAUUCCACCACGGUUUGAUGGACACAUGAGUUCACAUCCUCCUUUUGAAGGUCAGCAUGGCCAUGUUGGACAGCCAAGACCUCAUCCUCCUGGCAGAUGUGAAGGAAACACAGGUCCAGGAAGAUAUGAUGGUCCUGGUGGCCAUGGUCUGCCUAGAUAUGAUGGACCUGGUCGAUUUGAUGGUCAUGGACCAAACCGGUUUGAAAGGCCUCUUUUGCUUAAAGGCCCUGUAAGAUUUGAUAACCAGCCAAUGCCACAUGGGCCUGUAAGGUAUGUGGAGCCUCUUGGUGUUGGAAGAUUUAACGGACCAGGACCAAACCAUUUUGAGGGUCCAAUGAGGCAUCAAAGUCCAGGAAGAUUUGACAGUCCAGGGCAAAUGCGCUUUGAUAAUCCAGUGCAACCGAAUAGAUUUGAUGGCCCCACGAGGUUUGAGAAUCCACACAUGAUGCCUGGCCCUCCUGGAGGAUUUGAUGGCCCCAUGAGAUACCCUUCCGGGCCAGUUAAUUUUGACGGUCAAAGACGACUUGAAGGACCAGGGAGUCAGCCUGGCAUGAUGCGUUUUGAUGCCCCAGUGCAACCAGCACCCAUAGGGUUUGAUGGGCAACCUCCUGGCAUGAUAAGAUAUGAUACACCACAGGCUCCUCCAAGAUUCCAGGGACCACCGAAUAUGCAAAACCCUUUGAGACCGCAAGUGCAACCAGUGUUUGAUCAGCCACAGAAUCAGGGCCCCAUGAUAAAUCCAGGUGUACUGCAACCUAAUUUCGGCAUGACCCCACCAAAUAAUUUUGUUGGCCAGCCGCAACCGUUUCAAAUCCCACAUCCAACACAAAUCCAACAGCCCUCAAACUUCAACGUGCCAAGUUCCACACCUUCAGGAUUUCAGAAUGCAUACAGACCGGUUACUCCAUUUCCUGGGGUUCCUUCAAAUCCCCCUCAGCCUAUUGGCAUAAUGCCUGCUCCCGCUCAACCAUUUAUCCCACCAAAUCCAGUGCCUUAUAAUCCAAGCAAUCCCCAGUUUGUACAGCCCGAGAGUCACCUGGGCCAAAUGGAUGUUAACGAUCUAUUGUCUAAACUGAUAUCCAGUGGAAUUAUCAAGCCAGCACAGUCUGACACAAGCAGUGAGCCCACAUCAGCACCACAGUCCCAGAGCGUUCCAGAGGAAGAGGAACCUGAAGAAGAGGAACAAGAAGAGGAUGAUAACCUCCCUGAUAUGACUGGCUUUGGAUUAGAGGACAUGAAACAGAGAUACGAAUGUGUCAUCACUAAACUGUACACUGGAAUCCAGUGCUAUUCCUGUGGGAUGCGUUUUACUGCUUCUCAGACUGACGUUUAUGCAGACCACUUGGAUUGGCAUUACAGGCAAAACCGCUCUGAGAAGGAUAUCAGUAAGAAAAUAACACAUCGGCGGUGGUACUACACACUGACGGAUUGGAUUGAGUUUGAAGAAAUUGCGGAUCUUGAGGAGAGGGCCAAAAGCCAAUUCUUUGAGAAAGUCCACGAGGAAGUUGUGCAGAAAACCCAGGAAGCUGCCAAAGAGAGGGAAUUCCAGAGUGUUAAAGCUGCCCCAGAUGUUGUGGAUGAAUCGUGUGAGAUAUGCCAGGAGCAGUUGGAGAUGUACUGGGAGGAAGAAGAGGAGGAGUGGCACCUGAAGAAUGCCAUUCGAGUUGAGGGAAAGAUAUAUCAUCCUUCCUGUUAUGAAGACUACAAAAAUACAUCUUCCUUUUUGGACUGCACACCAUCACCCAAUAAGAUGCUCACAGAAAACCCUUUAAAUGCUUUUUUAAAGCAAGAAAGGGAAGGUGAGGCAUCUUGCUCCAGUAUUAAAGAAGAGCCAGCUGAGGAAAACUCGGAGCCCGUAAUGGUAAAAGAGGAGGUUGUGGUUAAAUUGGAAGAAGAGUCGCAAGAUGGUGCAAUUCCGUUUUAAACAAUGCUGCAUUCGAGAGAAAAAAUCCUCUGCGUUUUGAGGGGUUACUUGAGUUGUGCUUUAAGUUUUUGUAAGGAAAAAUAUUUUUAUAUAGGACAGCUCUGAGGCAGGGUCCUCAGCUAUGCAUACGGUAAAUACAUUUUCGUAUUUGUAAUUGCCUGCUCAAUUAAGGAGAUUUGCUGAAUGCCCUUUGAAAUGUACUUUAAAAGAUAUGUUGGGGUAAAUGUGUGUACAGUUUAAUUUAUUAAUAAAGAAAUAUUUUUUGGUAUUGUUUUGUGUAAGAUUGAUAAACUGAUGGGGUGAAAUCCUCCCAAGAAUUUUUUUGUUCAAUGGGAUAUUUGUACAGAUUUCUGAAGAAUUGAAAAAAAAAAAAAAAGAUUGAAUAAUUUAUAAAUGACACUGCUUUUUCUACUCUUCAUUUCAGUAGAGAGAAAUUCAUUCUAGGCAGUGUUUAAUUUAUUAAUGAUAGAAUUUAUAAGGAAUAAUCUUUCUCUCGUUCUCAGUUUCAGCGUGUAAAUACGUGAGUUUACUAAUGUUUUGGUUAAAAUGAACAAAAAAAAGUGU